GAGCCAUCCGCUGCCGCCAGCUCCCAUCCCCGGGGCCGCGCCGACCUCCGUGCGCUACUUCCCGCCGCCCAGGAGAAGACCCUUCACAAAGGAGGGAGGCAGCGGGAGGCGGGGGACACACGCACGCCCGGCCGCUCCGUCCGGAUGCGGUGAGCCCCCCGCCUCGCCUCCGGGGCCGCGUCAGCGCGGGAGGGAAGAAGAGGAGCAGCGGCGGCUCUCCGGCUGCCACCAUGGGCUGCUGCACGGGGCGCUGCACGCUGAUCUUCCUCUGCUCGCUGCAGCUGCUGGCAGCAUUAGAGAGACAGAUCUUUGACUUCCUUGGUUUCCAAUGGGCUCCUAUCCUUGGCAAUUUCCUGCAAAUAAUAGUUGUCAUUUUGGGUUUGUUUGGAACCAUCCAGUUUAGGCCUCGGUAUAUAGUCGUGUACACGGUGUGGACUGCCCUGUGGGUCACCUGGAAUGUUUUCAUUAUCUGCUUCUAUUUGGAAGUAGGCGGACUUUCCAAGGAAACGGAUCUCAUGACCUUUAACAUCUCAAUGCACCGCUCUUGGUGGCGGGAACACGGACCCGGCUGCAUACGAAGGGUGGUUCGUCCUUCUGCCCCUGGUGUCCUAGAGGAUUACUCCUACGUCUCCGUGACAGGCUGCAUCAUUGAUUUCCAGUACCUAGAGGUCAUUCACAGUGCUAUCCAAAUACUCCUCUCUCUGAUUGGAUUUGUGUAUGCCUGUUACGUGAUCAGUAUUUUCAUGGAGGAGGAGGACAGCUUUGAUUUCAUAGGCGGACUUGACACAUACUCCUACCGACAGCCCCCCCAGGAACAUGUUGAGUUAAAGCCUGUAAAGCCUGUAGGUCGAAGUAAGUAAUGAACAUGGACUCGAGACUUCUGCUGCUGUAGCUGAAGAAACAGAUUUUAGAAGAAAAGACCAACCUUGUGACUCAUCGUUCUGGAAGAAACCCACCAUCCGUUCCUCACGGCAUGUGGAAUGUUCUUCCCACAGGCUCAGUGUCAUUAUCAGCGUUGUUAUUUCGUAGAUCCUUGUAGAUGAUCUUGAAUUUCUGAAUAAUUUACUUAUAUGGACACUUGUAAAUUGUAAAUUUUUUUAUUUUUUAAUUUCAAUAUUUUUACAACAUUUAGUGUUGAGGCAUGAAAACAAAACAACCUGUGAAAACUAGGAGAAGGGUGUGUCUUUCUAAAAAAUGUCAGUAUUUUUUGACUGAUAGGAUCAUACUGUGCCUGGUCAAGAUUGUGUAAGUUAACAGUAGUUUUGACUCCAAAGUAUGCAUCAGGAGUCAGACCCUAACAGUGUACAAGAGAUAAUUUCAAUGCUGUAUUUAGAAUUCACAGUGUCCACUCCUUCCAUUGUUUGAACUGCUGAAUGCAGUAGGAAUUGAUCUAUGACUCUUCUUACCCAGAUGUUCAAGCACUAACGUACUCACCUAAUUAUAGCAAUUCGAAUAUUACUCCUUUUCCUUUCAUAGUCUCUUUUGCCCUGAAACCACCACCAGAAGCUAUCUCUGAUUUGAAGAGAAAUAGGAUGAUCACUCUAUGGGUGUCAAUCUCUAGGAACCUUUACAUCCAGGGCUGUUUAGAUGUCUGUGAUUUGCACAUUUUUAAACUCCUUUCCUCCCUUCUCCCAGGAAGAAGCCAAGCAUGAAUGUACAGUACAAGGUACCAACUGAAGCCUUAGAAGCCUCUGGGGACUAAUUUUUCUCUUAAUUUAAAAGUAAACAAGCAAAACUGAAAAUGUGUGUAAAAAUUUGUAAAGUUAUUUGUAAAUACUUCUAGACAAAGAACAUGUAUGUAACUGUGGUAUUUUGUUUUCUAUUCUGUCACCACUAGCAUAAAGUGAUAUACAAAGC